AUGGCGAAAGUCCAAAUUUUGGACGGAGGCCUCGGCACCUCACUACAAGACCAAUACAACAUCAACUUCGAUUCCACAACAACACCUCUCUGGUCAUCACACCUGCUGGUAAGCGACCCAGCCACCCUACAAGCCUGCCAACGAGACUUUGCCAUCGCAGGAGCCGACAUCCUCCUGACAGCCACCUACCAAGUCUCAGCAGAAGGGUUUGCGCGGACAAAGACGUCCGCUUUUCCCGAUGGCAUUCCGCGCAGUGCCGCGGGGCCCUUAUUCCUGCAGACUGCAGUGGAUGUUGCUGAAAAGGCAAAAGUCCGCGACGACUCUAGCAUCGCGCUUAGUCUUGGUCCCUACGGAGCGUGCAUGAUUCCUGGACAGGAGUAUAGUGGUGCUUAUGACGUGGAGCACGACUCUGAAGACGCGUUGUAUCGGUGGCAUCUGGAUCGACUGCGGAUGUUCGUUGAGGCGGAUGCGGAUGGGGAUCUUAUUUCUCGGGUGCAGUUUGUUGUUUUUGAGACGUUGCCUCGGCUUGAUGAGGUUCGGGCUGUGAGGAGAGCUUUUUUUGAUUCGGGGAUCAAGGUGCCGUUCUGGAUUGCUUGUGUUUUCCCCCAGACGGACGAUGUCUUGCCUGAUGGGAGUUCUGUUGAGCAGGUUGUGCAGGCUGCUGUUGGCCCCAUGGAGGGUGGUGGUGAUCCGUGGGGGAUUGGGAUAAAUUGUACCAAGAUUCAUAAGCUGUCCGGGCUUGUUGAUAAGUUUGGUCAAUGUGUUGCGGAGGCUAUUGCUGCUGGGCACAUAUCGAAUGUUCCGAGUCUGGUUUUGUAUCCCGAUGGAUCGAAUGGGGAGGUUUACAAUACCACGACGCAGGUCUGGGAGAAGCCUGACGAUUCUGGUGAUAUGAAUAGCAGGGACACGCGACCCUGGGAGCAGCAGCUCGCACAAGUGGUCAAUGAGGCCUUUUCCAAGGGCCAAUUCAACUCGUUCCUCGUUGGCGGAUGCUGCAAAGCUUCCCAUUACGAUAUCGGAAAGCUCCGAGGGCAGUUCCAGACCAAUUGA